AUGUUUCAAAUAGGGGGCCUCAUUGUCUUCUGUGGGCUGCUGGGCCAGACCACAGCCCUGCUGGACACCUUGCCCUUGCCCCUGGACCAGACCCUGCUUUUGGAUGGGACUCCAGCCCAGGACCUAAGCCCCACAGAUCUUGCUGGAAGCUUAACGGAUGCCCUCAGCAAUGGCCUGCUCUCUGAGGGUCUGUUGGGCAUUCUUGAAAACCUUCCACUCUUGAACAUCCUGAAGACUGGAGGAGGCACUUCUGGUGGCCUGACUGAGGGCCUGCUUGGCAAAGUGAUUUCAGUGGUCCCUCUCCUGAACAAUAUCAUUGAUAUCAAGAUCACUAAUCCCCAGCUGCUGGAACUGGGCCUUGUGCAGAGCUCCGAAGGUCAUCGUCUCUACGUCACCAUCCCUCUGGGCAUAAACCUCAACGUGAAUACGCUCCUGGUCGGACGUCUGUUAAAGCUGGCUGUGAAGCUAAACAUCACUGCAGAAAUUUUAGCUGUGAAAAAUGAACAGGGGAAGAUUCACCUGGUUCUUGGUGACUGCAUUCACUCCCCUUGGAGCCUGCAAAUCUCCCUACUUAAUGGAUUUGCUCCCCUCCCUGUUCAAAGCCUUGUCAACAGUCUCGGCAGCAUCUUGAACGAAGUCCUUCCUGAGCUGGUACAGGGCGAGGUGUGCCCUCUGGUCAAUGGCGUUCUCAGCCAGUUGGAUGUCACCUUGGUGCAUUCCAUUGCUGACUUACUGAUCCAUGGGCUGGAAUUUGUCAUCAAGGUCUAAGCAUUCCAGGAAAGGGACCCAACCUCUGUUGAACUGAACCAUUUCCUGCUGCUCAAUCCACUCUCUGCCCAGAAGGCGGACCCAUGUCCUGGAC